AUCUGGUGAUUUAUUUUGCUCAGUAGUCAAAUAAUUGUCAAACUGUUACUCGAAAUGACACAAAUACUUUUCAAAAUUAUACGGGCUAUCAUUGUGCAAAUGGAACUUGACCAGCAUCCAAUCUAUUUAUGCUGGUGUAGUAUUUCGAGGAGUUGAUUGUUGAUUGGGUAUACAAUAUGAAUGGUGUUCGUUGACGUGGAUGGAUAUACACAUAUAAAUAUGAGUGAGUUUGAAAGGUGUAAACUUAUCAAUACACUGUUAAAAUAAGAAUAGUGAACUGAGAUCGUUUGUUAUGAUGACAAAACAGAUCUUCAUAUCGUUUGGUGUGUUGUUCAUUCUGGUGGUUUACUGUGAUAUGGUUGAGAAUGCAGUAAUCAAAAGAAUGUUCAUGCCUAACGAAAUGCCUGUAAACAUGCCAAGAAUGUCCAACAAUGAAGGCAUGAAUGACUAUGAACUACAGAAUAUCGGCUCAACAUUACAGUCUCUUUUGCAAAACUACAUCCAGUGCAAGAUGGGUGGACGACAAGAACCUUAUGCAUAUUCGGAAUAUAAUCAAUUUAGAAAUUCAAGACUACCAUACUAUGAACCGGUCACUGAUUAUCCAAUUUAUCCGAUGGACUACCAGAACACAUAUCAACCGUAUGAUUUACCUGAAUCGAUCGGCUCAACUGACAGUCCAUCAAUGUAUUAUCCACAACAGUGAUGUAUUUUGUGUGUUAUGUU